CGUUCGUCAACCCUACAUCGGCAAAUGGCAAGAGGGAGAUAGAAUAAUUCUCAGAAAGAUAGGAAGGGGAAAAAAAUCAAGUCAAGUAUAUAAAUUGGACAACCGACGGUGGCCAAUUCUUGUGGGUCCUAAUGGAAAGCGUAGCGGCUGGCGUUGGUCUCGGCGCCGCCGAAGAUUUCUCUUCCACCACUAUCGUUUCACGGUGGAGCCAUGCCGUUUCCAGGCGUUAUCAGCAUCUCCUCGAUAGGUGCACCCCAUUCAUCUUCUACCGUUGGAUCGCUUGCUUCGCCAUCGCCUCUAUCUAUGUUCUUCGGGUUUACCUGAUCGAAGGAUUUUACAUCGUCUCUUACGGUUUAGGAAUUUACAUCCUCAACCUUUUAAUUGGGUUUCUCUCGCCCCAAGUGGAUCCUGAGAUCCCGGAUCUCCAUGAGGGCACUGGCCCUGCACUCCCCAUCAGCGAAUCCGACGAAUUCCGCCCUUUUGUUCGAAGGCUUCCGGAGUUCAAGUUCUGGUACUCUAUCACAAAAGCCUUCUGUAUUGCUUUUCUGAUGACCUUCUUCAGUGCAUUUGAUGUACCUGUAUUUUGGCCUAUCCUUCUAUUUUAUUGGGUGGUGCUGUUCACUCUCACCAUGAGGAGACAGAUAUCACACAUGAUCAAAUAUAAAUAUGUUCCGUUCUCCUUUGGUAAACAGCGAUAUGAUGGAAAGGGUGCAGCUUCAAGCGAAAACAAGAGUGUCCUGAAGGAUUGAACUCUUUGGGUAGACUAGCAGUAGUAAUUAUUUCUGUUAAGUAGGAGAUCUUUGUAAACUUAAUUUAUUCUGCUGUAUUCUUGUUGACAGUCAGUUCUACAUGAGGAGAAGGCGGUAAGAGAUAAUUGUUAUGAAGAUAAGUUAGACUGAUCAUCUGCUGCUUCUUCAUUUCCCCUGAUCUCUGUAAAUCGGACAGAUUAUAUGGUUCUGAAUUUUCCCCUUCUCUCCAUGGCAGAUAUGCUCCAGUUGUAGAGAUGGAAAAUUUACUAUGUUCCCAUCACAUCUCUAGGAAGCCUAAUUUAAGACCAUUUAAGUUUUUGAGCUUUUUCAUGGGGAAGCCAUUCCUGAUCUGCACUUGGUUAGAAUCAACAAGAAUGUCUCCCCCAACCACUAGAAAAAAGGCACUGGUUUUGUUAUCAGAUGAAUAUUCUGAGAUUUUACCAAACAAAUUUUUGCAGAUUUGCCUGCUCUACAUCCGUAUCUCCUUUUAAUUUCAAUGUAGCAAGAGUUUUUAUAUCGUAUUCAGGUCCCGCGAUAUUCAUUAGUUCUUAUUGCUAAUGUCUGAGCUGGUGGAACCUAUUGGUAUUUUGAUUUGUUUAUGGCUCAGUACCCUACUGAACUUAGGGCUGCAGCUUUUGCUCA